GCUCCUCCCACUCGUAGCUCCUCCCUCUCCUCUCCUUAGAAGCUUCCAGGAGUCUGUUACCGGUUUUUGUCUGUUGCCGGUUUUUGGUUUUUGUAUGUUGUCGUGAUGAUCGGACAGCAGGUUUUAGUGCUCAACCAGAAUGUAAAGAGAGAGUCGGGACGCAAAGUCCAGACAGGAAAUAUCAGCGCCGCCAAGACCAUAGCGGAUGUGAUCAGGACCUGCCUCGGCCCCCGGGCCAUGAUGAAGAUGCUGCUCGACCCCACAGGCGGAAUCGUGAUGACCAAUGAUGGAAACGCCAUCCUAAGAGAGAUCCAGGUCCACCAUCCUGCUGCCAAGUCCAUGAUAGAGAUCAGCCGCACACAGGAUGAAGAGGUGGGCGACGGGACGACAUCGGUCAUCAUCCUGGCCGGUGAGAUGCUGUCUGUGGCCGAACAGUUUCUGGAGCAGCAGAUGCACCCGAGUGUUAUAAUCAGCGCCUACCGACAGGCUCUGGAGGACAUGCUGGACGCGCUGAAGGAGAUAAGCAUGCCAGUGGACACGGCAGAUCGUUCCAUGAUGCUGAAGAUCAUCCACUCGGCCAUCAACACCAAAGCUCUGAGCCGCUGGUCCCAGCUGGCCUGCAGCAUCGCCUUGGACGCCGUGCGCACCGUAGAGCGUGAGGAGAGCGGACAUCGAGAGAUCGACAUCAAGAAUUAUGCCAAGGUGGAAAAGGUUCCCGGCGGGAUCAUUGAGGACUCAUGCGUACUGAGCGGUGUGAUGGUGAACAAAGACGUGACUCACCCGAGGAUGAGACGUAUGAUCAAAGACCCUCGGAUCGUCCUGCUGGACUGUUCGCUGGAGUACAAGAAGGGAGAGAGUCAGACGGACAUCGAGAUCAGUAAGGAGGAGGACUUUGCCAGAAUCCUGCACAUGGAGGAGGAGUACAUCCAGCAGAUCUGUGAAGACAUCAUUCGCCUCAAACCAGACCUGGUCUUCACUGAGAAGGGAAUCUCAGAUCUGGCUCAGCACUACUUGGUGAAGGCAAACAUUACUGCCAUCCGCCGCAUCAGGAAGACUGACAACAACCGCAUUGCCAGGGCGUGCGGUGCUCGGAUCGUCAGUCGCACUGACGAACUGCGUGAGGAAGACGUGGGUACAGGGGCGGGGCUGUUUGAGGUCAAGAAGAUUGGUGACGAGUAUUUCACCUUCAUCACGGAGUGCAAGGACCCCAAAGCCUGCAGCAUCCUGCUGAGGGGAGCUAGCAAGGAGAUUCUCGCUGAAGUGGAGCGGAACCUUCAGGAUGCCAUGCAAGUGUGUCGUAACGUGCUGCUGGAUCCCUUCCUGCUGCCAGGGGGCGGUGCUGUUGAGAUGGCGGUGUCGAAGCGUUUGAUGGAACGUUCCCGUGCCCUGACAGGGAUCGAACAGUGGCCGUACCGCGCUGUUGCCCAGGCGCUGGAGGUUAUUCCCCGAACCCUGAUACAAAACUGUGGCGCCUCCACCAUCAGAGUGCUGACUUCACUGAGGGCCAAACACACUCAGGACAACAGUGUGAACUGGGGGGUGGAUGGUGAGACGGGGGCUCUGUCCGACAUGUCUGUUCUGGGAAUCUGGGAGCCGAUGGCUGUCAAAGCUCAGUCCUACAAAACUGCUGUGGAGACAGCUGUCUUGUUGCUGCGCAUCGACGACAUCGUUUCGGGCCACAAGAAGAAAGACACAAGUGACUCUGUGGGUGGACACGGACCAGAGUAGCAACGAUCCAGACAUGACAGCACUUCCUGUAUGGACUGUCAGCAAAGCUUCAACAAAUAAAAUGUUGCAAAUGUC